AUGGCCUCAGACUGGGCACAGCUCAAGCACAAACGCCUCAGCAAAGCCCCACUCGCAUCCACCUCGUCCUCGUCGACCCCUCCUCCUCCAACCUCAUCAGCUCGACCCGAUCCUCCAACCGCACCAGCCGCCACCACCCCUCCCGUCGCCUUCUCGCACCCGCAUCUCCCCUCGUCGCUCGAGGUCCGCAUCCUCCCCGGCCGCGGUCGCGGCAUCGUCGCCAAUGCCGCCUUCCAGCCCGGCCACACCCUCGUCACCACCGCUCCCCUCGUCUCGGCCCUCGACAACCUCCACUACUCGUCGCGCUGCAGCUCGUGUUACCGCGCCGCCGACGACCUCGACUCGGCCCUCCCGCCCGCACGCCGCAAGCUCCUCCAGUGCUCCCUGUGCCACGCCGUCCAGUACUGCACCGCACAGUGCCAGAAGCGUGACUGGCCCGUCCAUAAACACGAGUGUGCCGCCCUCCGCAACGCCGCAAACGCGACCGCCGGCAACAAGCCCGUGCCCGACACGCCCGUGCGCGCCCUCGGCAGGCUGUUGUGGACGAGCGAGGUCAAGGGCAACGACCUGUGGACCCAGGUCGAGUCGCUCGAGUCGCACCGCACGCGCCUCUCGCCCGAGGAGCAAGAGCGCUUCUUCCACCUCUCGAUCGCGCUCGCCCAGUACGUCGGCCAAGAGACGCUCAAGCGGGCUUGCCCCGACGCCGCCGCCGUCCUCGACCUGUGCUCUCGAUUUGCCGCCAACUCGUUCGCCCUCACGGCGCCGACCGACCUGUCGAACCUCGGCGUGUCCAUCUCGCCCCUCACCGCCCUCUUCAACCACUCGUGCGCGCCCAACGCCGUCGUCGUCUUCCCCUCCUUUCCCUCGUCGCCAACCUCCUCGCGCCACAUGCACGUCGUCGCCCUGCACCCGAUCCAGCCCGGCGACGAGGUCGUCACGAGCUACGUCGACCUCGCGCUCCCACGCGACGUGCGGCAGAAGGAGCUGCGCGAGCGGUACAAGUUCGAGUGCGGGUGCGAGGCGUGCGAGGGAGGAGGCGAGGGGCAAGCGGUCGACCCGAGGGAGGCGCUCGCGUGCUCGAGGGCCAAGGAGGGGUGCGAGGGGCUCAUUCGGCUUCCAGACCGCGACUCGACCGUGACCUCGGUCACCUGCCCGACCUGUCGAACGACGAGCUCGUACAAGAGCGUGCAUGCCGCACUCGACGCCGCAAAGCUGGCCUUUGCCGACGCCGACAAGGCGCAGUACAAGGAGCCACAUGUCGCCGCCCUGCACCUCCAGCACCUCCUCACCUCGCUCACCGCUCCUCUCGACUCGACGCCCGCUUUCGCCCCCUCGGCCUACCCCGUCCUCCCCGCCCUUCAGCUCCUCCUCACCCUCCAGCUCCACGCCUCGUCCUUCCCCGCCGCCCUGUCGACCGCCCGCCUCGCGCUCAAGGGCACCCAGCACCUGUACGCCCGGGGCCACCCGGUGCGCGCCCUCGUGCGCACGACCCUCGUCCGCCUCGAGACGAUGCCGCCGCCGCAGGACGCGGCGCACCCGGACGCCGAGACGCGCUACUGGAGCGACGUGCGGGCGCGCGAGGGCGCGCUCGAGGCGCUCGUCGGCGCGCUGAGGGAGGUCGAGGUCGCGUUUGGGGACGGCGGGACCGGCGCGGUCAAGGGCGGCGAGAUGGCCAAGAUGCUGCGGGACCUCAUCAGCGACCAGGAGCAGGGGAUCGUCGUCGGGAGGAGGAUACGUGCGGCGGCAGUCGAGGAGCAGCGGCGGGUGCGGACGCUCCAGAGGUGA